GUAGGAUGGGUUUGCAGAAAACAAUUGUUUUGACAGGUGCAGGUGUCUUCGUACUUGUCGCAGGUGCAUCAUAUCUAUCUGACCAACCCAUGUUGAAUUCAUUUCUUCGUCGUUUCACGACCUCCGCGUCGACUGCGAAGCCUCUGUCUUCGCGGGUCUUCUUCGAUAUUGCCAUAGAUAGCAAGCCAUCCGGACGUAUAACAUUCAAGCUAUACGACGACGUCGUCCCAAAGACCGCGAAGAAUUUCAGAGAGCUUGCUACGGGCCAACACGGCUUCGGCUAUGCUGGAAGCACUUUUCACCGUGUCAUUCCCGCUUUUAUGCUUCAAGGGGGUGAUUUCACGCGGCACGAUGGAACAGGUGGGAAGUCGAUAUACGGCGAGAAGUUCGCAGAUGAGAACUUCAAGCUGAAGCACGAGAAGCCCGGAUUGUUGUCCAUGGCUAAUGCUGGCCCAAACACCAACGGUUCCCAAUUCUUCAUCACCACAGUGGUCACGUCGUGGUUGGAUGGCAAGCAUGUUGUCUUUGGUGAAGUAGAAGAUGGGAUGGAUAUUGUGAGGAAUAUUGAAGCUCAGGGCACGAGGAGUGGGCGCACAAACAGCAAAAUCUCUAUAACAGCAUCUGGUACUGUAGAGUGAGGACUUGUCUGCUCAACAUCUUACAGUGUCGACAUUUUUGCAUACUAGAUUUAUCGAUUGCUUAUUGAUGCGGCUACACGUGA